CUCACCCACCAGCCCCACAGUUGGAGAACCCCAACGUGGUGCUUCUGGCUUGUGGAAGUUGUCACACACAACACGCGUGGACUCCGGAGAGGAGAGACGCGCCGCGUGGGGCGAGGUAUGAAUUAGAACAAUAGGGGAUGGUGCAGGGAGGAAACACAAGUCGACUCGCCGUCACUCAAGCCGGGAAAGGGCGAGGAAGGAGACGGUGGAGGAUGAGGACCGGAGCCGCGCCAGGCGACCGAGUCCCGGCGUUGGCGGCGGGGUCCCGCCGAUAGCGCGCCGAGUCCCCCGCCGGCCGGCCCCCAUCGGCACGGUCGCUCACUUACGGGACAAUCAAGUUCGUCCUCCCUGUACAAUGGUCACAAAUGGGUCUGAGCUGAACAGCACCGCGCCGGACCCCGACGACGACGACACCGCCGCCGUUCUCAACCGCCCGCCGUGGGUCACCACAACUUUGGGCUGCUUCCUCAUCUUCACCAUCGUGGUGGACAUCCUGGGCAACCUGCUGGUCAUCUUCUCCGUCUAUCGGAACAAAAAGCUCCGGAACGCAGGCAACAUCUUCGUGGUGAGCCUGGCGGUGGCCGACCUGGUGGUGGCCAUCUACCCGUAUCCGCUGGUGCUGGCCUCCAUCUUCCACAACGGCUGGAACCUGGGCUACGCCCACUGCCAGAUCAGCGGCUUCCUGACGGGCGUCAGCGUCAUCGGCUCCAUCUUCAACAUCACCGGCAUUGCCCUCAACCGCUACUGCUACAUCUGCCACAGCCUCAAGUACGACAAGCUGUACAGCGACAAGAACUCGCUGUGCUACGUGGUGCUCAUCUGGGCUCUGACGGUGGUGGCCAUCGUGCCCAACUUGUUCGUGGGCUCGCUGCGCUACGACCCGCGCGUCUACUCGUGCACCUUCGAGCAGUCGGCCAGCUCGGCGUACACCAUCGCCGUGGUCUUCUUCCACUUCAUCCUGCCCAUCAUGAUCGUCACCUAUUGCUACCUGCGCAUUUGGAUCCUGGUGAUCCAGGUGCGGCGCCGAGUCAAACCCGACAACCGGCCCAAGCUGACGCCUCACGACGUCCGCAACUUUGUCACCAUGUUCGUGGUCUUCGUGCUCUUCGCCGUGUGCUGGGCGCCCCUCAACCUCAUCGGCUUGGCGGUGGCCAUCCGGCCCGAGGUGGCGCUGCCCCUGGUGCCCGAGUGGCUGUUUGUGGCCAGCUACUUCAUGGCCUACUUCAACAGUUGCCUUAACGCCAUCGUUUACGGCGUGCUCAACCAGAACUUCCGCCGCGAGUACAAGCGCAUCGUGGUGUCGCUUUGCACCGCCAGACUUUUCUUCCAGGACAGCUCCAACGACCAGGCCGGCGCUGGCGGCGACAGGCUCAAGAGCAAGCCCUCGCCGCUUACGACAAACAAUAACCGCGUCAAGGUGGAUUCGGUAUGAAAAAAAAAAUGGACAUGGGAAAAAAACAAACAAACAACCAAAUAUGAAAUAAUGGAAAAGCCUCAAGUGACUGUGACACGGUGCUAAUCUGACCUCCACAAUCACUACAACAGGGGUGCAUAUUAUUGUAUUAUCUUAUUAUCAGACACUUUGCUUUGAAGCUGGAUGAUUGCUGGACCCAAUUUUCUGCUGGUCCGCCAGGAACUCCCAAGUGGUCAGCUUGUAGUCUGCAAACAACACUUGGAGUCUGGCAGCAACUCCGAGACGUCAGCUAGUAACUUCUGGUGGUCUGCUUUGGGACCUGGGUGGCGGCUAGUCGUCGACUAGCAACUUCGAGUGGUCCACUAGUAUUUCCUGGUCAUGUAGAAGCUCCCGGUGGUCCGCUAUCAACUUUGAGUUGUUCACAAGCAACUCCUGGUAUUGCGCUACGUCCUUCUAUCUGCUAUUAGCCUGUGAACAACAGCCAGUAGUCUGCGAGCAACUUCUAUAAGUCAGCUAGUAAGCGCUGGUGCACCACUAACAGUUCCCUGUCGUCUGUAGGCAAUUUCUGACAUUCCAAGCAACUCUGAGUGGUUGGAGAUCACAUCCUUGAAGUCAUCUAGUAACUACUCGUGGUCACCUAGCAAGCCUUAGUAAUCUUCUAGAAACUCCCAGUGGUCUAAGAGGCCCGCUAGUAGUCCACUAGCAACUCUUAGUAGGAGUUCACACUCAUUGUCAUUGUAUUGUAGUUUUUUGGACCUCCUGGUGGUCCGCUCGUAGUCUGCUAGCAACUCCUGAUGUUGUUGCGACUCAAGCUAGUCCAUUAGUGACCGCUGGUGAUCACUGCUAUCCUCUCGCUAGCUAUUAGCAACGCUGAGAGUUGAAACGGCUCCUCCGCAAGUGGAUUGCUCGCAACUCCUCGUGGUCUUGUAGCAACUCUUGGUGGUGUAGAAAGAUCUGGUGGUGCACUAGCCACCGCUGGUGAUCACGAAUAUCUUCUAGUUGUCUGUUAGCAACUCUAAGUGUUGAAGCAGCUCCUGGCGGUCCACAAGAAACUCCUGAUGGUCCACUCGCAACUUCUAGUUGUUUGCUAGCAAUUCCUAGUGAUCUUCUAGCAACUCUCGACGUUGGGGAAGGUCCGGGUGGUCCUCUAGAAACUUCCAGUGGCCUACUUGCAACUACUACAAGUCCAUUAGUAGUCUGCACGAACUCCUGGUGGUGUAGCAACUCCAGGUGGUCCACUAUCAUAGCAGUUUCUAGAAGUCCGCUUGCAAUUGCUAUUGAUCAGAAGCAACUUCUGAUGCCCCGCCUCCGGUGGUACAACAGGGUUCACCUUUUCUGAUCUUAUCAGGCACUUUUUGCUUUGUAGAUGUAGUCCGGUCAACAUAUGUCCAACCUUUUGUUUACACUGAUGGUAUCAUCAUAUUUAUUUUCUAUGUAGCUAUAUUAGUAAUGCAGUAUAUAUGAAUAUAUCUAUAUAUAUAUCAGGUUCCACCCAAGCCACGCCAAGACAAAACAUUGAAGAAUAAGCUCAUUUGUGACAGUGUAACACUUAAUGAAGUGCUGUCUUAUUCUUAUUACACCCUGCAAUACAAGCCCCCCGCCCCCAUUCAUGAUGUGGAACAUAUAUUUUAGAAACCAGGCCAUCCUGUGAUCUCAUUAUACUGUAUGCAUGGAUAUCAGGAAUUGUUCAUAAUAUGCAAAAUAAAGCGAGAUAUAUUUCA